GUCUGGCACCGGCAAGAUAAGGAAGCUUCCACCAAAUAGCCAAGUCGGACUCAAUACUCAGCGAGGCCUUCCAAGAUAUCAGGCAAUAUUGCCUACCCUCAAAUGUGUGUUCUGUACAUCCAGCUGACUGAGACAAUUAAAUACACAUCAUCCUACUGGCUGACCCAUAAUCAUGAUGAAGGUAAUAUGUUCUUACAAGACAUUGACAGUUUAAGAAAGACUGAUGCUUGUUCCAGUACCCUGAGGCACCUCCAAGAUGAGAUGACGUGUGCAUGGGAGGUGCCAAUCACAGGCUACUCAUUACAGCAUACAUCACCGCCAUGCGUGUCAGUGGCCAGAAACACCACACGAUAAACUGCAUUGUCACAGAUGUCAAUAAGCGUUUGACUCAGCAGGUGAGGACGAUGGUGAUUUCCACAUUGUCUUGAAGUUGUAUCGCUAAUGAUCUCGUUGGUGCACCGACAGUGACAGAUUUAUGCAUCGAAGUGUACGAGCUGGCUUAACGACUUACAGUUCAUAAAGGGUUGCUGUCUGGAUCAACAACCAUUGGUAUCUUGUGCACUGGUGGAGAGACUACUGUUUUGUGUGGUUGGUUUGGACACUAGUCACAGAACAUUCUCCUCAUACAUAACAAAGGUUAUAGAAAUAGAGGAACAGAUUCUGUACGUUUAUUCCAAUAAUAAGGACCAACCUGUUGGAUGUACUAAAGCAGAUUGUGAACCACUAUGAAUCGACACCUGGUGUUAAGCAUGUUUCAUGUGUGUGUGACAGUGUGCCUGGUAUUCCUGGUUCCAUGUCAUUCAGCAGCUACAGGUGGUGUCAAUAUAGGAAUGACUUCAAGGAUGACCAAAGAUUCAAAGGAUAACCCUGAACAAUUGGUCAUUGUACCCAGCAUGUCAGGUGUUCCAGCAACUUCUGCAUCAGGAACAAGGAAAACAUCACAAGGCGGAGAUGUCCCAUCCCACAAUGCCCUUCUACAGGGAGGAGAUGUUACAAGGAAACACAACCCCAGGAUUAUGUCCAACAUGAGACGGGAGGAGCAGAAGAAGACAAAUGGCCAUCCACGUCCUGUCCGCUCACCUCAACAGGGAACAGACCCACUGCCCUUACUUCCUGAAGCAAAAAUGCAGAACGGACCAGUGGACCAACAGUUGGGGUACUACGGUGAAAUCAUCCCAUCACUGACAAUAGACCAACGAGGCACUGAGUACGAAAGUCCAGCCGAACAGCGAGAUGAUGAGUUAGAGGAAAAACUAGAUAUGCUCCGUCUACGCUAUGGUUACAUGAACUCAGUGUUGCCUGAAAACAUGUCCAUGUACCCCGACAUCAUGAACUACACCGAGCCUGCCGAGGAGGCAGAGGAGGCUGAGGAGGCUGGAGAACAAGAGGAACAGGAAGAGUAUGAAGCUGACGAACAUCUGAUGUCAGCAUCGACCAACAUCAGUAUGUAUGGUAGAGAAGGUGCCGAGUAUGAGGCUGACGAGGGACUACAGCCAAGUGGAUCAGAACUCCGCCCUUACAAAGUGCACAACAUGUCCAGUAUGGCCUCUGAUGUGUAUGACCCCUAUUAUAACUAUGGCUAUCAAUACAGACCUAAGAAAGACAACCCAGCUCAGGAGAUUGAGCCCACCCCUGCCAUGAAUGGUGCUAGCAAGUUCAAGGAUGCUAAGAUUACAGGAUUAGCUUCAGCUGGUGCCAAUGGGACAAUGGGAACAAAUGCUAAGAUAACUGAUGUCAAAACAAUCACACAGAAAAAGAACUUAGCAGAUUUUGGAGGAAUGUCAGCUAGUGCCACAUUUGGAAUAGUGGUUGGAACAAUGGUCGGGUUCUGGUUGGUCAUGGGUCCUUUAAUCUGUCUUCUGAUGAAGGUGCGUGAUCACCACAAGGAGAAGCAGAAGCGGUUCAUGUUGGCACCCGACAUGGCAAGGACAAGUCAGACAAUGGCAUCAUGGAGGCGAUGAUCAUGACUGAGUUGGGCAAGUUGUCUUUACAAUCCAAGAAAAAGUACACCGCAGUGCGGAACCCAGCCAAAACAUCAGACCGACAAUCCCUCACCGAUGACAAAGACCUUGACACAUUUCAUGAUGCAUUCGAUACACCAACUUUGUUACCAUAGACACUGCAAGAACAAUGUUGUUACAGAAACAUUCAAAGACUUCUGAAACUAUCAGCUUUGUGGCAGCCAUGAAUAAUCCCCAAGUUCAGAGGCCAUUAUGUUCAUCUGGAGAAUUGAUGAAAUUUUGCAUAGUGCUUAAACCAUGCUGUCACCUCUUCGUUAUCAUUGUCAAGUGAAACCGUCAUAGAUUCUUCGCCUAUCAUUCUGUAUUCUAAUACAAAGUCAAACUGUAUUGAUUCUUUCAUAAUAUGAAAUAAAUUAUUUA